AUGGUUGAUGUUAGCAGACUGGAUAAGGAAAUCAAGGCAACAAUAAAGGAAGGUUUACAAGAAACUAGAGAAAGGGAAGAAAUAUUCCGCAAAUCAUUAGAGAAAGGUUUACAAGAAACUAGAGAAUCAUUAAAGGAAGAUUUACAAGAAACCAAAGAAAGCUUAGAAAAAUCAUUUAAGGAAACUCUAGCACAAGAGAUCAAAACAUCGCAAAUGAAAAUAGAAUAUAAUCUGAAGAAGGAAAUGCAGGUGUUACAAGAACGACUGAAGAUGGACAUCAACGAGAGAGAGAGUAAGCUACAGAAGAGCAUAGACCAAGUCCAGGGAGACGUGGAGAAGAUGGAAGGAAAGUUAACAAAAAAGAUAGAAGAUGAUAUUGAAGAAACUAAAGCCGAAUCGGGAGAAAGGAUCACCGAAGUGGAAACAAAUUGCAAUCAUCGAAUCGCCGAGGUGACGCAGAUGCAAAAACAAUGCAAUGAUGCGGUUAAGGGGAUAGGAGGUAGGCAAAACCAACUGGCUGUCAAUCUGAGAAAUGCUAUAGCCGUGCAACGAAAAGAGGAUAACAAGAGGGUUGCAAUGGAGGUCAGGCAAUUACAACAGGGAGUGCAACAAUUGGAGAGCAAGACAGAAGAAAUUGAUAAACGAAUUAGCAAUGCCACUUUAACCGUUGGGGAAGAAGGCGGCAGGACGGGUCGCGGCAAACACGGGCCGCGCCGCUCGCCGCUGGCCGGUCCGCCGCUGCGCCAGCCGCCGCCCGGCCCACUGAUUCAUUAUUCACUCGGUGCGCGCCCGCGGCUGUUUGUUCUGAGCGCACCCCAGCACUCCGCGGCUCUAGUGUCUGCAGUUAGCGUACGUUCCGCUCCGCAGUGGUCCGAGUUGCGUGAUGGGCGCGAGUUCCGCUGCGGUCCACCUGUUGCGACAGCCAUCCAUCACGGCGGCUACCUGCGGGGGAAGCAGGGAAGCGGCAGCAGCGAAGUUCCUGACGAGGCCAGUCACGGGCCGCCGGGCUCACCGCCAAGACGUUUCAAUUAG